AUGUGCGGAGAAGACAUUCCAAUUAAUACAACCCGGUAUAACGAAAUUGUUUUCACUAUUUUUGAACAAGCGUUAACACAACAUCAAGCAGAAGAGAAAUGCAGGUGUUUAUCAGACCCAGAAAGUGAUCUAGCAAUAAUUAAAACGGACGAUGCAUUCAAACAUUUAGAAAAAGUAUUGAAGACACUGAAUUCGAAUGUAAAAUACUGGAGAAUCGGUUUGAAACGAGAAAAGGAUGAAGAAGCAUUCGGAUGGAAUGAUGGCGAUGUUUUAACAAAUCCACCAAACAACUUUGUCAAUUACAAUGAGGUUGGAUGCGCCAGCAUCUAUGUAAGCAAAGACAGUGGGUUUUAUAUGUCUUUGAACUGCGAACAAGAGUACACCGAAAUAUCAGGAUAUAUCUGUUCCACCAUAAAUUAUACUUCUCCACAAGAGUCUCAGGACAUAGCGACAACUACUUCUAUACCACAAAACGUGAUGACCAAAUUUACGUUUGGAAAUACAGUCCAAGACAAUCUUACGAAAACGACGUCGGAUAUUGUUGACCAAUCGACGAAGCUAUCUGGACCAAACACAUGGACGAUCGUGCUGAUUAUAUUGGGAUGCAUAAUAUUAAUAGGUAUAGCUGUCCUGAUUUUCAAGAGAAGAAAACGUCCAAAUGAAAGUGAGCAAAUAAUGUUAGAUCACGUAGAAAGCAACCGCAACAGGAAUACGACCCAACAAAGCAUUCAACCAAUAGGACAAGUUCCAGAUGGAAGCGGAAUUGCAGGUUACGCAACAAUAGGAGAAUUUCAAAGAACCCAACACGCCGCAAUCUCCAACACCGGAUAUGAGCAAAGCCAAGAUUCAAUUCAAUCACAGAACGAUCGAGUCACGCCAGAAAUCGAGACCACUUAUGCAGUAGUCAACAAAAAGAAGUCGAUUGAGCAAAAAGCAAGUUCAUCACAUCAGGAAGUAGAUGUAACUUACGCUGUUGUACAGAAAAAAAAAGCAUGAUAUUCUCCAAUCUGGUUGUCAUAAUUUUCUAUGUUACAUAUGCAACGAGGACUGUAUAAUUGAAAACACCUCAAAUGCUUUGCUGAUUAUUGAUACCUUUUGGCAUAUAGGUUUUAAGACACGAGAAUCAGGCCUAUAUGCUAUCAAUGUAUUUUGAUUAUGUUUUAUUUCGAACAAAUCCUGUAAAAUUAUUGCACUAUUUUUUGUUUGAAUUUAUUCUAUAUCCGGUAUCAGGUCAUAUAUAUAUCUAUAAGACACGUAUUUCGGAUAACAGUGACGCGGUGACAUACAAUAAAAAUAAAAUUGAAGUCAUAAUACGUAAACGUGAGGACUUAAUAUCAUUUUUAAACCACAAAGACCCUAUUUAUAUGCUAUUGUUUACAGCAACCACACCAACCAACCAUUCCCACUUCUUUCCACCCGAAAUUUGUCUCCAUUGACUCUAUUUCAGUAGUUGGAUAUCAUAGACAGAUGCGGAUAAUAUUGCAAAGUGUAUGUAACGUUAAAGAGUGAUACUUUUCGAGUUGCUAUUUCAAUUAUUAUUCAGAAGAAAAUUAACCCUGCUUUCAAUUUUCCUUCCUUUUAUUUCAAUUUUUUGAUUAUUUUCAUAAUAUUUAAUUGCUGAAAUGAAAUAUUUAAUCUUUAAACCACUGUACAUUUUCUUAUGGCAAGCAUAUUUGAAACCCCGUACCGUAAAAACUAAGCAUCUUAUCUUCCGAAUAGAACUUCCGCAUUUCAAUUGAUGCUGCGGUUUUAAUUGAUUCAGUAUUAUCAUUUUCUUGAUUUCUUGCAAAAUAGUAAUUUUAAAAUAGUAAUAUUCGAUUUGAGUGAAUUGCAUGUUAUUGAAUAAAAUUUGUACAAUAUUCACUGCUUGUGGGGUUUUAUUACUAGAGAGCAUUAACAUUAAAAGAUACAACUGGUAAUCCAAGUAACACCACUCAAAAGUUUAAAAUCAUAUAUGCUUGCGAAAGAGUUUGGUAGGAUGAUGGUACAACCUCGACAUGGGCAAACCGCGGGCCAAAUCCAGCCCGUUGGGUUAUUCAAUCUGGCCCGCCUGAUGCUGGCAUAAAUUUAUGUAUUCAACCAAUUGUGCAUGUACUGCAUAGUUGUUGUAAAUUGAAAUCUGGCUUGUUAAAUUAAGAUCGCGGUCUGCGUAAGUUGUAUUUUAGGUUAAUGUUUUUUAUGUUUACUUU